GUUAACAUUUGACCAGGUGUUGGGAGUGUUUCAACAGCUCUGCUCUCAUUCAGGUGCAAACAACACUCCAAAAGCACUCCUGCAAGGAAUCCAACACAGGAAUCAAUAAAUAAACAUUAAUUAUGAUUCUCAAUGAUCUUACUUUACUACUCAUUGGGUUUUUUUGUACAAGGACUUUUACCAAUGGCUCUGACUGGCUUAAAGACAAAAAAGGGCCACUAGUGGAGAAGAUCCUUGAAGUCCCGGAGGAGACAGAGGUCCCAUAUGGAGUGUAUUGGUUCCAAGCAACUAACCCCAAUGUAAAGUCAUAUAAACUCAGUGGUGAAACUGAUAAUAAAACACUGAUUGACAAAGACGGAUGGUUAUACCUGAGGGAGCCUUUUGACUGGGAAACAAAGACGGUCCAUAUUAUAAUGGUUGAAGCACUGGACGCUGACCUUAAGACAGUGGAUGGGCCAGUCUCUAUCACAAUUAUUGUAAAAGAUAUAAAUGACAAUCGGCCAGAUUUCAAUCAAACCCUGUAUCAUGGAGUUGUGAGACAACACUCAAGACCUGGUAGGCCUUUUAUGAGCAUUUACGCAACAGACAAGGAUAACCCAAGCACUCCAAACGCAAAGCUUAGUUACAGCAUUUCAAACCAAAUCCCUGACACUUAUAAGGUUCCACUUUUUCAAAUUGAUAACAAAACUGGACAAGUCUCUACCACCCCUGCAGGAGCUCAAAAAUUGGACCCAAAUAUAGAUGCUGAAUACACCCUGUUUCUUACAGUCAAAGACCUCGAAGGUUUGUCAGACAAUGCCUUCAGUAGGAACACACAGGCGAAAAUUACUGUGAAAGAGAACCUGUGGAAACCUCCUAAUACACUGAUAAUCACUGAGAAUUCCACCGAUCCGCAUCCCAUUCAAAUCACACAGGUCCAAUGGAAUGAACCUGGAGCUGUGUACGUACUUCAGCAGAAGGAGAGGUAUCCAAAUUUUCCAUUUUCAAUUGAUGAAGAUGGGAAGAUUUAUGUGACUGAACCUCUGGACAGGGAGGAGAGGGAAACAUAUGUGCUGGUGGUAUUUGCAAAAGACCAAGAUAAUACAAACCUUGAGGAACCAAUCGAGGUUCACGUAUCAGUAACAGACAUUAACGACAACCCACCAGUAUGUAACGUGCCAUUGACUGUAUUAGAGGUUCAGGAAAAUGAGAAAAUAGGAAAUCACAUUGGAUCUCUGGAAGCUUUUGACCUGGAUGAAUCAGGCAGUUUGAACUCUAUGUUGAAGUAUCAGAUUUUGGAUCAGGAGCCAAAGCUGCCUUCUUCUAAAAUGUUCAUUAUCGAGGAAUACAGCGGUAACAUCCAGAUUGAACACGACAAAUUCCAGAAAACUAAGGUGCCGGCGUACAAUUUAACAGUAAAGGUCACUGACAUGGCUGGAGCACCCACAGGAUUCGACACUGUCUGCAGUGUAGUUAUACGAAUAAUUGAAAGUAAUGACCGGAUUCCUAUAUUUGAGAAACAGCAGUAUGAACUCAGUUCCAUACCAGAAGACAUACCAGUGGGAACCACAUUACUAACAAUUGGGGCUAUCGAUGAGGAUGAGCCCAAAACUGGCAGCUCCAAAAUCCUGUACCACAUUGUAGAAGGAGAUGCAGAAGGAACAUUUGCUAUCAGUACAGACGAAGAAACAAACCAAGGAUAUGUGAUGAUUAAAAAGCCCCUAGACUUUGAAACAAUGCCUGUUUACAAACUUCGUAUUGAUGCCAGAAACCCAGAGCCAUUGGUCCCUGGGGUGGACUACAAUACAAACUCUACAGCAUACCUAAACAUCAGUGUGAUUGAUGUCAAUGAAUCCCCUGUGUUUGGCAGCCCAGAGUACCAGGCAACAGUCAAAGAAAAUAUUUCUGUUGGUAACACCAUUUUGAAAGUGGAUGCUAGAGACCCUGAAGGUAGCAGUAUAAGGUACAAACUGGAAGGAGAUGUCUUUAACUGGUUGAAAAUCAACUCUGAAACUGGGGAUAUAAUUACAAAUUCAGCUCUGGACAGGGAGAUAACAGACACUUACAAAGUGAGGGUUAUUGCUGUUCAGUUUGGAUCGCCUGCACUUGAGAGUACAGUGUUUGUGUCUAUUUACUUGGUUGAUGUUAAUGACAAUCCCCCAAUGCUGAUAUACCCAGAAACACACUUCUGCUUCCCAGUGCAUGAGUCCAAGGCCGUGCUAAUGAAGGCUGUAGAUAAAGAUUUAGAUCCACAUGGACCACCAUUUCAAUUCUCGCUAAAAGGGGAUGAUAAAAUCGAUAUGAGAGACUGGGAGAUUGUGCCUGUUAAUGAUUCCUUUGCAAAAUUGAAGAUGAGACACACCGAUUUUAAGAAGAUACAGUAUGAUGUCAAAGUAAACAUAAGGGAUAAGGGAAAUUUGGAAAAGACACACACUGUUUCAGUACUUUUUUGUAAGUGUUCACAAAAUGAACAUUGUUACAUUGAAGUACCACCCCAAUCGGGAAGGCCAACGGUGGGGGCAACUGUUGGCGUUCUACUUGGAACACUUUUAGUCUUUGGUGUUGCUCUGUUUUAUGUGUUUUACCUGUCGAAAAAGAAUACGGAGUCAAAAGCUACGACAAGGACCUUUACAACCGAUGCACCAGACGCUAAGCCAAUGCUGCAAAGGGCUCCAUUACAAAUGUAGAUUUCUGUUGCUAUAGCAAAACCAGAUACCAUAUGGAUCUGACUUAUUAAGAUAUGUACACUAAAAUGCAAUUUGCACCAUUUAUUAUGAAAUGGAAGUUAAAUUAACAAAGUAUUUAGAAACCAUUUUUGCAAACUUUUGAAUCCUUACUGCUUGUUACUAUUUUUUAAGAUCAGCAAUUGUAUUGUCCUUUGUCACAAGGCUUUGGUUAUUGUGAGAGGUUUUGUUGCCAUUAUUUGAAAAAUGCCUGCAUAAACAUAUAGCCUGUUUUGAGAAAACCCAGCAAAAAGGGAUUCUAUAGUACUUGUUGACAUCUAAUCAUUUCAGUAACAUUUCUCAACAAGAUAGUUUUAAAGUCUCCCUUUUUAAAUCAAUUAAUAGUGUACUAUUGAGUACUAAGAGACAGUACUGCAGUGUACUAUUUCCAGAUCUCACAUUGGCAGGGGCUCUGAUGUAACACAUUUUGUCUGUUCACUCACUCUGAUUUGGCUGGUAGUCAUUCCUGGUUUGAGGUACAGGUUAGGGACUGUACAUAUAUUUCCACAAACUGAGGUGCGUAAAAUAAAUACGAGCUAUCUUUAAUAACCAGGACUGGGUGCCGGACGAGUAGAAUCUCUUCAGCAACUAAACCUUUUUUAUUAAAAAAAAAAAAAAAAAAAAUCACAAUACAAAAUACUAAAUAUUUGCUAUUUUGUGAAAAAAAAAGUUUGUCUUUACGAAAUAAACAGUUAUACAUCAAAUCAAGUGAAAAGAGAAAUUUAUUAUUCUUCUGUGUGCAUAUGUUUUAACUGUAUUUAACUAUACAGUUACUAUAUUUAGAGUUGUACCAAAUUAGUUUACUAACUUAGCUUGUGUUUUUGAUGCAAGUUUGAGCCACUUUUAUUGUGCCUCAAGAUGAGAAUCUAGGAAUGAUGAUGAUGAUGAACGAUGACUCAAAUCUCCAAAAUAUGAGUCCUGAGAAUUCCCAGCUGGCUGACCAUCUUUGAAAAUACUGCUUGUCUCAACUAAUCGUGUAGCACUGAUGACAGUAUAACACAACACGCUUGCAAACUGAAGGUUAUA